AUGCUGAUCAACGCGCAGCGCCCAGAGCAGCUGCGCCUAGCGAUCGUCGAAGGAAAGUCCCUCGAGGACUAUCAGGUCGACAUCAAAGAAGCCGGCCUGACCCGCGGCAACAUCUAUCGCGGAGUCGUCGCCAAUAUCCAACCUAGCCUCAACGCGGCAUUCAUCGACUUGGGCGAGGAGCGUCACGGCUUCCUAUCCGCCGACGAUGUCCUGCCCCACGCCUACCACCAACAACCGCCCGAGGGUACUCGCCGGCCGCGGAUCGACCAGAUCCUCGAGAAGCGGCGGCCGAUCCAGGUCCAGGUGACCAAGGACGGUAUCAAUCACAAGGGUCCUGCGCUGACUACCAACUUGGCAGUCGCCGGCCGUUACUUGGUGCUGAUGCCACACGACGAGGUGCGCGCCAUCUCACGCAAGGCCGAGAGUAGCGACGACCGCGACAAGGUGCGCGAACGGCUCGACAAGCUCAAGCUGCCCGAGCACCACGGCGUCAUCGUCCGCACCAACGGCCUGGAGCAAAAUCAAACCACGCUCAACCGCGACCUGAGCGCCUUGCUGAGGCUCUGGAACCGGAUUGUCGAGGCCGGCCGCCAGUCCAAGGGCCCCAAGCUGCUGUAUUCCGAUCAGGAUCUGCUGAUGCAGGCGCUGCGCGACUACCUGGACAGCUCGAUGACCGAGGUGGUGGUCGACAGUGACGAAGCCUACGACAAGGCAUCCAGCUACAUGCGUGCCUUCAUGCCACGGUCGAAGACCCGCUUGCUGCGCUACCGCGAGCGCGUCCCGCUGUUCAGUCGCUACCAGCUCGAGCAGCACAUCGACCGGAUCUACGAGCGUCAGGUGCCGCUACCAUCGGGCGGCUCGAUCGUCAUCGACGGCACCGAAGCCUUGACCGCCAUCGAUGUCAACUCGGGUCGGGCGACCAAGAACGCCGACCACGAAGAGUCGAUCUUCAACGUCAAUAUGGAGGCCGCCGAAGAAGUCGGCCGGCAGCUCCGCUUGCGCGACAUCGGUGGCCUGGUGGUGAUCGAUUUCAUCGACAUGCGACUGCGCAAGCAUCAGCGCAAGCUCGAAAAGACGAUGCGCGAUGCGAUGAAGGUCGACAAGGCACGCCACUCGGUCAGCCGAAUCAGCGCCAACGGUCUGGUAGAGAUCAACCGCCAGCGGAUCAAGCAGGCCCUGCGCCAGCGCACCCAUCGUGCCUGCCCCACCUGCUCCGGCGUGGGCUCGGUGCCGAGCGCCGAGUUCUCGUCCCAGGCGGUCUUGCGCAAGGUCGAGACCCGAGCUGCUUCCGGCCUGGUGCAAGCGGUCACCGUCGCCUUGCACCCGGAGAUCGCCGACGCGCUGCAGAACCGCUACCGGCGCGAGCUAGCGCAGCUCGAAGCGGACUUCGAAAUGCACGUCGAGGUGCUGGCAACACCGACCUUCAGCCGUAGCGAAGAGCGCAUCGAUUGGACCGCCCGCGAGCACAAGGCGGGUCCGGUCGCCGCAACCCUGUCGGCAGACGACCUGCUCACCAGCGUCAAGAGUCGUCGCCGUGGCGGUCGGGGACGCAAGAAAGCCGCCGAUGCCACUGCUAACGACGAAACCCGCCAGGACGCGCUGCAGGAUGACAGCGGACAGGAGAAACCCUCCAAACCGACCCGCAAGCGCAGCCGGCGCCGUGGUGGCCGUAAGCCGGCCGGUGCCGACACAACUGGUGAGUCGCAGAAGACUGAGGCCGCCGACAGCAAAGACACUUCUGACAAGUCCAAGCCAGGCCGCAGCCCGCGCGGUCGGCGGGGCGGCGCCCAGGCCAAGGCUGCAGAAGGCUCUCCAAGCCAGGCUGCCAGCGGUGCGGCCGACGACAGUGAAGCUCCAGCCAAGCCCAAACGCCGUCGUGGCAAGCGUGGUGGACGCGGUCGACGCAAGAAGCCCGAUGAGAGCAGCUCGACGGAGCAGGCGGCGGCCAACGAUUCGCGCCAAUCUGCCAACGGGGCGGCCAACGCCAAGCCCCAAGCCGACCCUAGCUGGCCGCCAGCAACCGGCGAGCCGCAGCCGGCGGCGUCGAGCACGUUCAUGUUCCGCGAGCCUGACGGCGUCCCGGCAUCCGCCGACAAGCCAGCAGCCACAAAACCGGCAGCAAAGGCCCCCGCGGCCAACAAGACGGCCGCCAAGAAGUCCACCGCCGACAAACCCGCUCGCAAGCGCCGUCCGCCACGCAAGCGGCCAACCCUGGCAGAGCCUUCAGGCAGCCCGGCGGCCGAGCCGGCGAGUUCACGACCGCCCAAGGGUCAACCGACUCUGGCUGAGCUCAGCGGCAAAAAACCGGCGGCAGCUCCAAAGCGAGCGCCUCGGCGGAAAAGCAAGCCAGCGGCCAAGGCCGCCCCUUCACCGGCGAAGGCCACCCCGCCACCCGCCGCACCGCAACCGGCACCGGCCCUCGAAGCCUCCGGCGAUAGUGGCGGCAGCGCGGAAGGUGAGAAGAAGUCCGGCCGCUCUUCCUGGCAGUGGUGGCGGGGCGGCGGCUCCUCGGGCGACACGCCGUCGUCUUCAGACUAG